AUGGAGACGCAGUAUAGAAGAGCAAGAACAUCUGGUUACAAUGUAAUCUUAACUGAUGUUGGUUACCUGUACCUUGACCUUGCUCAAUUCGUUGAAGAACAUCAAAAUGAAGCACCAUUUAUUCUCAUUCAAUUAUUGGAAGAACAACAGGCAGAAUUAUUUAAUAGUCUUCUUCGAUCUGCAGAAGAAUGUCAAAUUAUGCAUUUGUGUCUAUAA